AUGGAAAAGUCAGAGUAUGCAAGCUCCCACACAGAAAGGCAAACCGCCGUGCCGUCUCCCCAGGCCCGGCGCGAUAUAGACGACGACGAGGUGUACUCGCUUCAGGAGCAAAAGAGGAUCAUCCGGCGCAUCGACUUUCGACUCGUCACCGUAUUGGCCUGCCUCUAUAUUAUAUCACUCGUGGACCGCGUCAAUAUCUCUACUGCUGCCGUCGCGCACCUCAACAGCGAUCUUGCGCUUCAGACAGGCGCCCGAUACUCCAUUGUCAUUUCGGUGUUUUUCAUCACCUACACUGUCUUUCAGCCCCUCGGCACGGUUCUUACCCGGAAGAUCGGACCCCGGUUGUUCCUGAGUUCAAUCGCAAUGGCUUGGGGCGUGGUCAUGAUUGGGAACGGCUUCGUCCAUUCCUGGCAGACUCUUGCAGGGCUGCGCGUCUUGAUAGGUGUUUUCGAAGCCGGCUACUUCCCUGGGGCGGUAUAUCUGCUGAGCACCUGGUACACUCGAUUCGACAUGCAGAAGCGCUACACCGUCUUUUAUGGCGUCGGGUGCGUCGCCGGUGCACUUGGCGGUAUUCUGGCCUUUGGUCUCUCUCAGAUGAACGGACUGGCGGGCCUGAGAGGCUGGAGAUGGAUCUUUAUCAUUGAAGGUGUCCUCUCUUGCGUCGGUGCUCUCGUCUCGUACGUCUUCCUCGUGGGCUUUCCGGAGGAGGCCGACCAGUCGUGGAACUUCAUCAACAGACAGGAGCGCGAUUUUAUCAUCCGGCGCGUCAACCGUGAUCGGGGAGAUGCUGUGACGGAACCCUUUUCUCUUGGUGUGUUUCUUGCACCCGCUGCCGACUUUAAAAUCUGGAUCUUUGCCUUUAUAUUCUUCUGCGUCACGACUGUAGGCUACUCCAUCAACUUUUUCCUUCCUAUGAUUCUCCUCGGAAUGGGUUUCUCUGUCGCAGAAUCUCAAUGUCUCAUCGUGCCGCCGUGGGUCUUUACAGGUCUGCUCAUGUACGCACAAGCUUGGCUCGGGGACCGGUAUCGUCUGCGAGGCCCCAUUAUAGCCUUCAACGCGGUUCUCGCGCUCGUUGGGCUGAUACUCAUGGCAUUCCACCAUGCGUAUCCCGUUCGAUACACGGGUGUCUUCUUCGUCGUGGCGGGAGCCAGUGGUAACACGCCCCCCGUGUUGACGUAUCAAGCCAACAACAUUCGCGGGCACUGGAAACGCGCAUUCUGCAGUGCCACAUUGGUCGGUUUUGGUGGUAUCGGCGGAAUCGCCGGCGCCUUGGUCUUUAGGAGCCAGGAUCAGCCCAGAUACCUUCCGGGAAUUUAUGCGUCCAUUGCUUGCAACGUCUGUAUCCUGCUUUGCACCGGUGGGUUGUCGAUUUGGUUCUGGCACGCAAAUCAACAGGUGAAGAGGGGCAAAGUGGUAUUGGAGGGGCUGGAGGAUUUCACUUAUACAUACUAA